AUGGCAGACAACAGACCCGGAGUGCAGAGCCCGCAUCCGCGCGUGGCCGAUAUCGAUGCCGAGUCGUUUGACUAUGCCACCUACGCGUGGCAGGACAUCCUCGUCUCGCUCGACGCAUCGACGGGGAUCGCCACGGUGCACCUGCACCGACCCGCCAAGGCCAACGCCUACACCUCGGCCAUGGCCUUUUCCCUCCAGUUCGCCUUUGAGCUCUUCGACGUCGACCCGCGCGUCAAGGUGGCCAUACUGACGGGCACCGGCAAGACGUUUUGCGUCGGCGCCGACCUCUCGAUGGGCUUCCGCAAGUCGGCCACCUACGCCCAGCAGCACCGCGACGAGGGCGGCGUGUGCUCCCUCGCCAUCCUCCGCUGCCGCAAACCCACCAUCGCCGCCGUCAACGGCACCGCCGUCGGCAUCGGAAUGACCAUGAUCCUCGCGUGCGACUUCCGCCUCGUCACCAACAACGCCAAAGUCGGCAUCCCCUUCACCAAGCGCGGCAUCGCCAUGGAGGCCGCAUCGUCGUUCCUCCUCCCGCGCCUCGUCGGCGUCACAAAGGCCCUUGACAUCAUCCUCACCGGCGACAUCCGCUCCCCCUCGGACCCCUCGUUCGCCGCCCUCUGGACCCGUGCCCCCUACCCGACCGCCGACGACGUCCUCGACGCCACCCGCAAGCUCGCACACCAGCUCGCCACCCAGAACAGCACCAUCAGCAUGGCCCUCUGCAAGCUCCAGAUCUGGCGGCAGGCCCAGUCGCCCGAGCACGCCCACCUCCUCGAGUCCCAGGCCUACUGGGACUGCGCCCAGACCGACGCAAAGGAAGGCGUCGACAGCUUCUUUGAAAAGCGCGACCCCAAGUUCAAGGGCACCCUCAACGACCUCGAGAGGUUCGCAGUCUACCCCUGGUGGACCCAGGCCGACGUCCAGGGCUGGGUCAGGCGCGCACCGCCACCUCCGUCGAAGCUGUAG